AUGGAAAAGCGGAAAUGCAACACCGCCACCUGCGCCACCAGGGAAGCCCUGAUAAAUUUUUUAGUUUGGUCCAGCAACAGCUUUGGCGCCAUUUUCUCACCUAACAAGGUGGGAUCCAACAUAUACGGCAAGAGGAAUACAGUUGAGAUUUUAAAGAGAGAACCACUGAAUUAUUUACUUCCUUUAGAGGAAACGCAGCCCCUGCCGAUACGCGAAGAGACUAAGUAUGAGCUCCCGGGUACCCGUAGCUCGGAGAAGCGCAAAGAGAUUAAGUGUGAGUUCCCGGGCAUCCGUAGCUCGGAUUCUCAGGAGCAGGCGCCGGAAGGGCCUCGCCGCGCCGCUCCCUCUCCCGGCCUGUAA